CCCACAUGCCAUUGUUCACACGAUCUACACGAGACGUUUGACUGCCUUUCCGAAUUCUUUCUGCACAUACUCCUGGACAUGUAUACUGCUACAGCAAUUUUCCUUGUUAUCAUUGCUACCGGAGUGGUGGCGGACACGUGUGAAGACAAAGACGCUGCAGCAUGCACGUCUCUGAUGGGAACGAUCAAAGACAUGUGUUCCGAACCGUGCAUAGCUGACCUCUGCCGGAAGACAUGUGGACUUUGUCCACUUACCUGUUACACUUGUAAAGAUGAACUUUAUCCCGAGGAAUGUAACAAAACUGUUCAGUGCAAUAGUGUGCAUGAGUAUUGUGUUGCGGUGCAAGAGCUGACCAGCAACUUUUUACCCUUAUUUCAAUCCGGCUGUGCUGAUGUUAAUAGAUGUUUAAGCAUAUUUGGCAUAAUCAAUACCAAGAGGUCGAUUCACGACAGAGCAUAUACAUUAAAAGGAGGUUGCUGUGACCAUGACAAGUGUAACUACCAUAACCCUGCUCUCAGACCAGUGGAUCCCUCCCCACCAACGAACGUCCGCCCUGUAUAUCCUGACGGCUCGUUGAAUGAGAAUAUAUGCAGUGAACAGGAUAUAGAUACAAACUUCUGUGCCGCUCUAAUGCAGUCUGACCCCAAUAUAUGUAACACAACCUGUGUGGCGAACAAGCUGUGUGCAACGUCUUGUCAAACAUGCAGAAAGUGUUACAACUGCCCUGCGGUACAGGAUAAAAGAGACUGCUUGGCUUCGUUAACAUGCAUGAAAGGACAGCAAUGCGUGACGGUGGAAACAUUCGGCGCUAACUUUGAGCUUGAUUACAGACUUGGGUGUAUGAACACGACCCAAUGUCACAGAUUUUUCGGUAUACCAGUCGGUGGCCCUGCCGUCGGUAGGAGGAAGAGACAGAUCCAGGGAAGUUGUUGCGACACAGAUUAUUGUCAACAUGGUCCAGUUUCAACAUUACCGACAACAGCAAUGCCAACGACUGCAGUACCACCCACAACAACAAUGGCACCAGUUCAGACAAUGGCAACUACCAACAGCUCUCAGCCAAUCACGACUGCAGCAACAGGAAUGAAUGUAACUACAGCGUCCAUGUUAGCGAGUACUACAACGUUCCCGUGCAAAGAUUAUGACAAAUCGGGUUACUGUAGCAAAUACGUGCCCCUUAUAUGUAACACGGCAGACCCAUUGUCUAAAAAGUUCGCCAUAGCCAAUUGUGCUUUAAGCUGCAACCUUUGUGACGAAUUCUAUGCUUUAGUAGCUUCUGGUGAAAUUGUCAUUUCUCCCUAGGAUGAAUAUUCCUCCGCUGAUCUUCGAUUAUCAACAACUGUACCUUCGUAAGAUUAAAUCGACAUACAAAGGUUACCUAUGUUUGCCGUGUUACCUCUCUUCUGUAUGUCAUGUCAAUUAAAUUUAUAGAAAGAAACCAUUGAUAGUUAUGUUGAUUACAUUUUGCAAGGAUUAGACAUAAGCUGCAAAGGCGAUCUGCAUUUUUAAUAAAGUUUCAU